GAGAUGGCUAUACAUUGCUUAAGAGCAGUACCCAAAAUUCCGCAUCUUUCAAACCCCAAAAUCACAGUCUCACACUCUCUCUUCUUCUCUUCCAACUCCAAACCUAAAAGGGUCUUUUCACCAAUUCGAGCUUCCAUGUCUUACGAGAAGGAGCUCGCUGCUGCCAAGAAAGCUGCCUCCGUCGCCGCUCGCCUCUGCCAGAAGGUACAACAGGCGCUGCUGCAGUCAGAUGUUCAUUCAAAAUCAGAUAAAAGUCCUGUCACAGUGGCCGAUUAUGGUUCACAGGCACUUGUUAGUUUUGUACUGGAAAGGGAAUUUCCUUCAGAAUCAUUCUCUCUAGUAGCUGAGGAGGAUUCAGGAGAUCUUCGAAUAGACAGUGGGAGGGAAACACUAGAACGCAUCACAACACUUGUCAAUGAUACUCUCGCCAAUAGUGACAGUUAUAAUGAUGCUAAUUUAACCACCAAAGAUGUGCUCAGGGCUAUUGACAAUGGCAAAUCUGAAGGUGGUUCUUGUGGCCGGCACUGGGUUUUAGAUCCCAUAGAUGGUACCAAAGGGUUUCUUAGAGGAGGCCAGUAUGCCAUAGCAUUAGCAUUACUGGAUGAAGGAAAAGUUGUGUUGGGAGUCCUGGCCUGUCCAAAUCUUCCACUGGCGUCCAUUAGCGGUGAGAAUCAACAUACUUCACAUGAUAAAAUCGGUUGCCUUUUCUUUGCAAAACUCGGUGCAGGAACAUUUAUGCAGCCAUUGGAUGGUUCAUCACCGCUGAAGGUGCAUGUCAGUGCUACUGAAAAUCCUGAAGACGCUUCAUUAUUUGAAUCUUAUGAAGCAGCACACUCCUUGCAUGGCCUGUCUAGCACUAUUGCCAAGAAACUUGGAGUUAAAGCGCCACCGGUUAGAAUUGACAGCCAGGCAAAGUAUGGGGCACUUUCCAGAGGAGAUGGAGCAAUAUAUCUUCGUUUCCCCCAUAAAGGAUAUCGUGAGAAAAUAUGGGAUCAUGCCGCUGGGUGCAUUGUUGUUACUGAAGCUGGGGGUGUAGUCACAGAUGCUGUAGGAAAUCCAUUGGACUUUUCAAAAGGGAGGUAUCUCGAUCUUGAAGGUGGCAUAAUUGUUGCCAACCAGAAAUUGAUGCCAUCACUCUUGAAGGCAGUUAAAGAAUCCUUGGAGGAAGAGAGAGCUUCAUCUUUGUGAUUCUCUUUUGAGGUCCUAAACAUAGGAUUUGGAGACUCACCUUUAAUACUUGUCUAGUCAAGCACCUUUGCAAUUUCAUAUUGUGCUAAAAAUUCAACAUCCUAAGAAAAAUGAAAUGAUUAGUUCAAUUUGAAGCAUUUGUUAUUUUCUUUUGUUCUUUUUUAUUGCUUACUCUUAUUCAAGUAAAUAAGCUUGAUAUUAUCAGCAACAAUAAAUGAAAAACAGCGUUUUUGGUAUAAAGAUUUGCAUAUGAUUGCAUUUUCGUU